UAUUCAAUGGUUAUAAUCUGCAAUUGUCAUAUUUAAAUGUUCAAAUCAUUCCAGAUUUGUCCAAUGGGAGCCCUUCCAGGCUGGCGUCUGCGGGGUGGGAUUUAUUCGGAAGGUAGCAUUUCCUGGUGGAUUGGAUGGGCCAUGUGUGAGAGAGGAGAGGAGACAGGGGUCUUUCAGCACAUGUUUAUGGCCAGGAACUGGGAGUAAAGCUGUGAUAACAUCAGGCAGAAGUCCCCACUCUGUGAACCUCAUGAAUGGUGGCAGUUCCUGGGAAUAGGGGACUGGUAGAGGGAUGGUGCAGCUUUUAGGAGGGGGAAUCAGGAGGUUGGUUUUGGACAGGUUGAGCUGAGAUGUGGCAGAAAAGCCUCUGCUUCCAGUCCUCCCUCUUCCUGUCACCCCACCUCCCUAUGUAAUGACUCCCCGUUCUUCUUCUUUACCCAACAGCCUGGACAAUGCAGACUCCACUGCCCAGUCCUGUGCCUGUGCUCCGGCUGCCCCGGGGCCCCGAGGGCUUGAGCAGAGGCUUUGCCCCCGAUGGACGGAGGGCCCCCCUGAAGCCAGAGGUUCCUGAAACCCCGGAGUCUCCUGUAGUUCACGAAUGUCAGGAAUCCCAGGAACAGCGGGCCCGAGCCCUCCUCCGGGAACGCUACCUCCGCAGCCUGCUGGCCAUGGUGGGUCGCCAGGUCAGCUUCACCCUGCAUGAGGGUGUGCACGUGACCGCCCACUUCGGAGCCACUGACGUGGAGGUGGCCAACUUCUACGUGUUGCAGCUGCAGACUCCAAUAGGCGUGCAGGCUGAGGCACUGCUCCGGUGUAGUGACAUUAUUUCAUACACCUUCAAGCUAUAAAGACAUUAUUGUGGUCACCUGCUGCCUUAAGCCCAGCCACAGAUUCCCAGGCUUCCAGCAGUUCCAGAUCUCUGGGCCUCAUAGAGUUUGGAAUUCCCUUGGAGUUUUGGGCCAAGCUCCAAGCAACUGACUUCUUCAGAUCUGCAGUGUCUACUAGUCAGUAAAAUUCUGCAACCCCUCAAGUUCUAGAUCCCAUUGAAAGGAAUGCUCUACCUCACAGAACUUUACACUCUACAGAAAUGUGGGUCUUGGGACAGUUCCUGAAGACUGGAGGUGGGGUGGGGUCGGGGAGGGGGCAGUGGGAAUAAAGGAAGGCAAAUUGCA